CCAGAGCUUGUUGUGUGACGUGACCAUAGUAGCGGAGGAUGUAGAGAUCGCUGCUCACAGAGUGGUUCUUGCUGCCGGGAGCCCUUACUUCCAUGCUAUGUUUACAGGUGAGAUGGCAGAGAGCAGAGCGAAACGAGUGAGGAUAAAGGAGAUGGAUGGUUGGACUCUGGGACUUCUGGUGGACUACAUCUACACAGCAGAGAUACAGGUCACAGAAGAUAACGUGCAGGCGUUGCUGCCCGCAGCAGGACUGCUCCAGCUGAACGAGGUGAAAAAAGCUUGUUGUGACUUCUUGAGCUCUCAGCUUCAUCCAUCCAAUUGUCUGGGAAUACGAGCGUUCGCUGACCUGCACGCCUGCUCUCAGCUCCUCGCACAGGCCAACAGCUACGCAGAGCAACAUUUCACUGAAGUUGUUGGGAGUGAAGAGUUCCUUAAUUUAGGCAUGGAGCAAGUGUCCAGCCUGAUCGCCAGCGACAAACUCACCAUCCCCACAGAGGAGAAGGUGUUUGAAGCAGUAAUAGCUUGGGUCAACCACGAUAAAGACGUCCGUCAGGAACACUUGGCUCACCUGAUGGAACACGUCCGCCUGCCGCUCCUCUCCAGAGAGUACCUGGUGCAGCGGGUGGAGGAGGAGUCUCUGAUCAAGAAUAGCAGCGCGUGUAAAGACUACCUGAUCGAGGCCAUGAAGUAUCACUUGCUGCCAGCUGAUCAGAGAGCUCUGAUGAAGACUGCACGCACACGUAUGAGAACUCCAGCCUGCUGUCCUAAGGUGAUGGUCGUUGUUGGAGGACAGGCUCCAAAGGCCAUCCGGAGCGUUGAAUGUUACGACUUUGAGGAGCAGCGAUGGUACCAGGUGGCUGAACUUCCUACCAGGAGGUGCAGAGCAGGUGUGGUUUAUGUGAGCGGGUGUGUCUAUGCAGUCGGCGGUUUCAACGGUUCUUUGCGCGUGCGGACGGUCGACUGUUACGACCCGAUGAUGGACCGCUGGACGAGCGUGAGCAGCAUGCAGGACCGCCGGUCAACACUUGGUGCUUCUGUGCUCAAUGGACUGCUGUACGCUGUGGGAGGCUUCGAUGGCAGCACAGGUUUGUCUACAGUCGAGGCGUACAACGCUAAGACAGACGAGUGGUUCCAUGUGUUACCCAUGAGUACCCGACGUAGCAGUGUAGGAGUGGGCGUUGUUAAUGGGAUCCUGUACGCAGUUGGAGGUUACGAUGGAGCCACCAGGCAAUGUCUGAGUACAGUAGAAGCCUACAACCCGAAAAGCAACACGUGGAGCUACAUUGCUGAGAUGGGCACGAGACGUAGUGGAGCAGGUGUAGGUGUGUUAAAAGGUUUACUGUAUGCCAUGGGGGGACAUGACGGCCCAUUGGUGAGGAAGAGCUGUGAAGUUUACGAUCCAGCCUCCAACAGCUGGCGACAGGUAGCUGAUAUGAACAUGUGUCGCCGCAAUGCAGGUGUGUGUGCUGUAAACAAUGUACUGUAUGUGGUGGGAGGAGAUGAUGGCAGCUGUAAUUUGGCCUCCGUGGAGUUCUACAAUCCAAACUCGGACAAGUGGACACUACUGCCGGCCUGCAUGAGCACAGGACGCAGUUAUGCAGGUGUGACUGUGAUUGACAAGCCCUUAUGACUGCUCUUGACACCUGCCACUCAUUUGGAGCAGAAUUCUCCUGCUGAAUACUGAUCUUGGAUCUGUCCAUGAUGCCAAUGCUUUGAUGUUGGGCAGCAUUGGCACAGGCACUGACAAAGAUGAAGAAAAUGACAAGAUUGUUGUUGUUGUUGUUGUUGGUGACAACGAUGAAGAUUUUUUGCACUUACCUGAACAGGGGAGCUGUAACAAAAUGAGGGGGGGAGGGGUCGAACCCGUGUCUUAAAGCCGUCAUGGCUGGACUGCAGCGGCGACUGGACAACACCAGUGUGAAGCACCACUGUAUGUACCACUGCAGUGCCACUGAAACGCUACUGAUAUGAAGCUACUAUAACUGCAGAGUUACUUUAACAUUAGUAAUGUUAACAUGAAGUGGCUCGGAGAGAGACCACCGAUUAAUUUACGGGAGAGGAAGGAGGCAGAGAAGGACCAUUUAGGACUGAAAUCUUUGUUUCUAUCAUCCCGUGAAGUGUGUGUGUAUCUGUGUGUGUGUCUGUGUGUGUGUGAGUGUGUGUGCUUGCAUUUAAAAGGUGCUCCAUUGCUUGUGAGCAUGUAUUCGUGUGCAUCUGAGUCUCUUGUGUGGUGACGCCUGGUCCGACGGCGCAUGAACACACUCUGUCUGACCUCCGACUUUACAGUGUUGCAGCGUGGCUGUUCAAGUGUGCCUGAAUGUCAAUUUACACCCCGCUUCCCACUUCUUCUUCUUCUCCUCCUCUGUUAUGCCUUUAGUGCUGUAACUGGACUGGGCACAGCUGGACUCUGGGAUAAAGAAAUGCAUUCGGAAAGUGGCUUUAGAUCAUUGAUGGUUGAAUUAGUCCGCAUGAAUUCAGAACAGCCACAUGAGAAGCAAAAGAUGAUAAUGUAAGAUUCUUUUUGGGGGGGGAAAAAAAGCAAACUUUCAGUGGAAUAUUAACCCUUCUGAUAAAGGAGAAGCCUAAUUUCAUGAUGCCAAAAACAUUGACCGACAGAGGGAGAAGCUUCAGUUUCAGAUGAAAACAGUUGGAAGUAUCAGUGCUUUACAGUCACCUGGCAGCCAUGUUUGCUGUGGUUGUAACCACUCAUGACAACUACAGCCUGAACUCACUGCAUGGUCCCCGACUCUAACCUCUUACCCUCCAACGGCCCCCUCUUCUCCCUUGGUGUAGCAACCCUAUUAACUACUGCAACACCCUGACGUACUAUGAAUACGCCAACUUAAAAUGUCUCUUUCUUUCUAUCUCUCUUUAUGACUCUACAUCACUAAUCUGUUCUCUCUCUUUCUGGAAAGUGACCAAACUUACUCUUGAUUUCCAUUCUCUUCAGUCUCUUUCUCUUCCCUCUCCUUCUAUAUUGAAAAUUGCUAUAAUAGUAACUGGUAUCGCUGUUUCUUGUCAGUGUAUUGAGGAAUGUCAAGUAGGCUAAUGACUUUGAAAAUGUUUCAUUACUUGUUUUAUAUUAUCAUUAAUAAAUAUGCUUCUUGUAUUUAAAGCUGUGAAAUUAUAUAAUCUGUUUUUAAAACUUUGCCAAAUCAGUAAAACAUUGAAAUGGAA